AUGUACGUGGUAGAUGGCGAGGAUUACUGCACUAUUCGUGACGUGAACGACUUGGAAGAGGCUGUGCAGUGCAUGGAAUCGGGUGAAUGUGGAAGCAAGGUUUGCCGGAUCUACGCCUCACCAGACAAGACAGCGCAUCACACAAUUUUUGGCAUCAAACCAACCGCGGACCCGGAAGAUGUGAAAGAGCUACCGAAAAUUGACGAGUUAGAUCUCAAUUCGGAGAAUACGGCCACCGAAGAACAACCUGGACCCGGAUCAAACUGGGAGGUUUUGGAUCUGGGAUCGGAUUUUAAACCAGGGGAAUCCUCGGCGGAGGAGGUUUCGACCGAUGAACCGGAAGUGCAUGAGGAAGAAAAGCACAGCGAAGAGGAGGCGGUUCCUGUUCCAAUACCAUCAACCGCUGCUCCCAUUCCUGCUGAGGCGACCAGUACAACAACAUUGGAACCUGCUGAAGCAGUCGCCGUGGACGUUUCCAGUGCCCCAUCAGAUACCCCUGCAGUUGCCGCUGCUGUUGCUGCUGCAGCAACUGCUCCUGUUCCCGCUGUUCCUGUUGCAAGCGCUCCCGUUCCCGCUCCCACUCCCGCUGCUGCUGUAAUGCCACCCCAGGCGAGUCCGUUUUAUCCGGGUAUGUACGGAAUGGGCCAAUACUACAUGCAUCCAGGCGCAGCACCGGCAAUGCCAGCUAUGUAUGCACCCCAGUGGCCGGUAACCCAGAUGACUCCCAUGAUGUAUCCGGGAAUGGAUUAUUCGCCCAUGCAACCUGCUAGUCAAAAUGUCCCAUCCGCACCUGUCUUGUCUCAACAACUCCAGCCACAGUCUACACCGAUUGCUCCAACUCCUGCUGCAGCGCCAGAAGCAAAGGCGGUUGAUCCUAGUCUUAUGAAUCUGCAAUCGAAAUUGCGGAAUCUUAAAUGCGUUCAACCGUCCGCCGUGAAUCCUGAUUGUCGUAAAAAGGAUAAGUGUAGUAAAUCACACUAUAUGGUAAUGUGUAUGACCACACUCCGAAGCAUGGGUUAUACACAAGACGAAAAGACUCUCAGACAUCUCAUUCGAAAGAACAGAGGAAAUCUUAACGAAAUUCUGGACGAACUCAAUCGGUCCACGGGGACCGCAUGA